UCUGGGUGGAGUGGUGUUUGGAUUGAAGGAGCGGGAUGUUGAAAGGAAAGUGGGGAGAGAUGAGCAGCAAGAAGGUGGUGUGGGUAUAAUUAAUAGGGAAAAGUCAGCUCUGAGGGGUCGAGAAAGGCGACAAUACGUGGUGGGUGCAGCACAAAUCUUGGUUGAGAAACCAACCGUAAUCAACUUAGUAACAAACCCCAAUAUCAUAUCCUCCAAGUUUAGUAAACACACCUCCUCCACCUCUUCUCUCUCCCUGUGUUUCCUUCUGGGUGUGGUGGGUAUUUUUCCAUUUUCGUUCUACGUUGAGUUGGGUGGGUGGGUUAAGUUUCAACACAGGGAAAGGCUUUUCCAAAGGGUGUAUGCGUGUGGGUUCUGCCCAGUGUUUGCUGAUCUUGCUUAGUUUCACUGUCUCUCCUUGCUUUUUUCUUAGUUCAGGUUCGACUCUGCACUUUUUCCUCUUCCCCUCUCUCUCCUCUUUUUUUUUUUUUUAAUAUUUUUGUUUUUGUCGUUGGCAUAUUGCAAGCCAAACUUGUUUGGUUGCUGAGAAGACAGAAGGAAAGGGAAGGAAAUUCUGCCAGGUGCAUACUUAGCACUUGUCCCUUUUCCCAUUUAGUCUCAUCAACUAUCGGCAAUGGGAGGCGUGGUGGGAAAAGGCGAUUCACCUAGAAAAGCCUGGGUACCAGAAACAAAGCUUGAGGCCAAAAUGGUUGAAGCUAUGCAGCGGAGGGCAUCUGAAGGAAGCACCAUGAAAUCGUUCAACAGUAUAAUCUUGAAGUUCCCAAAAAUUGAUGAGAGUUUAAGGAACUGCAAAGCUAUUUUUCAGCAAUUUGAUGAGGAUUCAAAUGGUGCAAUAGAUCAUGAAGAACUGAAAAGAUGUUUCCUUAAACUGGAGAUUUCUUUUUCAGAGGAGGAAAUCAACGAUCUUUUUGAGGCAUGUGAUAUCAAUGAGGAUAUGGGAAUGAAGUUCAAUGAGUUCAUUGUACUUCUCUGCCUUGUCUAUCUUCUCAAGGAGGAUCCUGCUGCCCUUCAGGCCGUAUCCAAAAAAUCACGGAUGGGGAUGCCAAAUCUGGAGGCAACCUUUGAAACACUGGUUGAUGCAUUUGUGUUCCUGGACAAGAAUAAGGAUGGUUAUGUGAGCAAGAGCGAGAUGGUGCAUGCAAUAAAUGAAACAACUGCAGGGGAGCGUUCUUCUGGAAGAAUAGCCAUGAAAAGAUUCGAGGAGAUGGAUUGGGAUAAAAAUGGAAUGGUGAACUUCAAGGAGUUUCUUUUUGCUUUCACCCGUUGGGUUGGGAUUGACGAUAUUGAGGAUGAAGAAGAAGAAGGUGAAGAGAAAGUUUGAAUGAAAAUUUUCAGGCAUCUCCAAUCAACUACACACUUGCAAUGUGCGUGAGCUUGUCAGAGCAGUGUGAGUUCCCACAUGAGGUGUUAUUUGCUUUUCCAAUAAUGGUGGAGUUGAGAUAAACAUGCAGGGGCAAACCUUCGCCCUUCCCUUGAUUUGUAAUGUAAAUAGUCUCUCAAGGAUAGAACUCAAACUCAAAUCCUUUUCCAAUGAGACAGACAAAACCUCAUUGCAUAGUUGAUUGAGGGAUUAUGCUGAUGUACUGUAUUGUUUUUUUAAGAUCUCUGGACGCUUUACUGUUUUCCAGUGAUGUGCAUGACCAGAGAUUUGUUGUCAAAAAAGGCUAUGAUUAACAAAUUGUUUGGCAAGAA